AUACGAAAUGGAAUGAAAGAGAGAGUGGGGUGAAAUUGUACAAUACCACAUGAAUUCCAUGUACUUCUUGUAAUUACAAGAAGUACAUGGAAUUCAUGUGUGCAUCCCACUGAGAUUUUGUACAAUCGCUCGGCUGGAUAUGAAGGACAGUGUUCAACUUCAGGAUCCAAGCGGCAGAGUUUGGCCAGUUUCACUAAUAGCAGGAGGAGGCAGGAGGGAUCAAGCAACGAUUCGGUAGUGGCUGGCCUGCCUUUGCUGCUGCUAAUGCCGUGGCGUUUGGAGACAGAAUCGAUUUCCAUUACAAGCCUGAACUGGGUGUCUUCCAGGUAAAGAUACACAAGCCAAACCGUAAUACUUGCAACAAUUCUGAUUCUGGGAAAGCGGACAAUGGAAGAGAUCUGAUGGUGGAAAAUUCUGAAAGGAGCAAGCUUUGGGAAAGUUAUGGAUGGAACUCCGAAACAGAGAAAUUGCCCAAACCCAGAAAAGUUUUACAGAGGAAACGAGGAGCUCCAACUAAGACACAGUUCAGAAAAGGUCAUUCUUCUGGCAACAACGCUUCUCCAGGUUUGGCUGAUUCCUACCAAGCCGUUUACAAGAAGCACAUGAAACGCUCUAAUUACAUGUGCAUGCCGGUGAGAUUUUCUGAAGCCACGAAGCUGUCACAGAGGGAAACUGCUCAACUUGAGGACCCAAGAGGGAAAGUGUGGACGGUUUCUGUAAUCUCAGUAGGGAAUGGCAGGCAGAGACGGUUCAGUCGUGGCUGGCAGGCCUUGGCCGCAGCUAAUGGCUUGGCUGUUGGAGACGGAAUCGAGUUCACUUACAAGCCUGAUUUGGAUUUGAUCCAGGUCAAGAUACAUAAACGAGGGUGCAAUGCUGGAAACGAUUCUGAAACCUGAAGUUGGGGAGGAAAGAGGUAAUGGAAGAGAAGUGGGCAAGUGGUGUGGUAAAGCUUUUAGAUUGAAAAGAGGUAGCGCCUAGGGCUAGGAAUUGCAGUCUUUUUUACUGGUAGGGGUUUCAGUUUGUCAUUAAGGUAAAGAACAGCAUGAUGAAAUUGCAGAUGGGGUUUCAGUUUGUCAUUUCACUUUGUUUGAUUUCAGACCCUCAGUAAUGGAAGUUACUUCCCUUGGUAAAAUGUGGUGGUGGUAAAAAGUGAGGUUAAAAGUUCAAAGUUUUGACAUCUCAAAAUGGCUACAAUACA